CCCGUGCUGGGGAGCUUCAAUGGUCUCGCUGUAAGCAUCAGCCAGAGAAGGCUUUCCACGCAAAGAUGGUUUCUCUCUCACUCUUUAUCCAGAGCACUGAUCAGCAUGGAGGGCUAAAGCCUAUCUCAUAGGGUCUUUGUGUGCAGAGCCUCAAUGGUGGCUCGGGUGGGCUUCUGCAUGGGUAUGUACACUGGAUGUGAAGAGCUCCAACUGCAAAGCCUCUAACAUGCAUGAGAAGAGACAUACAAUGAAUUCCUGGCGUUACCUGGCCCCCUGUAGCCAUGCUGUCCUUCAUUCCUGAGGAUGUGUGCCAAACCCACAGGCGGUGUGGAGGGCUGCCCAUUGGGCACCGUGUUGGGUUGGGGUGGAACAGAGGGGGCUUGGGUGCAUACCUGAGCUCUGGGUCCAGAGCAGUCUCUGCCUGGUGGAGCUGAAGGAUUUGGGGCUUUGCUUUGCAGCAGGUUAAUAGGAACAUGUUUCGCUACUGUCAGUUCUAUGGCAUGAGACUUGUGUGGCUCUGCCCAGCUGGACUCUGUGCUGCCAUCACCAAACAGCUUGUGGAGGAAGGACAAGACCUGCACGGGUCAUAGGAUUCUCAGCUCUUUCUGGAACCCCCUCCCUUUCCUGCAGCUCCCCGUGUCAGAUAACUUUGGGGCUGGAGCCCGUCAGGGUUCAGUACUAUAUUUUCUUCUCAUGGUUUGAUUUCUUGGAAUGAUGUUCAUGAGUUUGAAAUAAAAAUCUAACAACGCUGUUGUGUUGGCAGUUGCUGGGGGUGACUCCCCUGCCCCAGUUGGCUGCCUCAUUUCCCCCCACAAGAAGAGGAGCCUCAAAGCUGCACUUAGGAGCUCUGUUCUGUCUGUGCUUGCCCUACCUGGGGUGGUGGGUUUGAGCUGGGAGCCUGCUUUGUUCUUUCUCUUUAGCAGCCGUGCUUUUCUGAGAUGAUGAGACUGUAUAAAGAAAAUUAAGUGGAGAAUGGCCCAGCCCUUGUUUGGCUGUGCUUCUGCUGGUAAUUGGCUCUCCAGGGCACUGAACACCGUUGUUACACUGCAUGCAGCUGCAUAGGCAUAAAUAAAAAAGGGGAAGUGCUCCCCUCUCUCCCUUUUCCCCUAAGGCUUUUCCUUUUAAACCCCUUUUGCCUACAAACACGGCUGAUAACAGCUGAGUUGCUGUGUAUGCAACCCUGGACUGCGUGCAUGCGGGGCAGGGGGGGGAAGGACUGGCCAUAGAAAUUUGGCACUGGGUGAGCUGGAGCAGGGUGAGGCUCCUGCUGUGUCCCUGCUGUUCUCCCAGCUCCUGGGCAGCCCCGACCUUGCUGUGUGAGGUUGGGAUGCGCGGUGCUGCAGGGAGAGGAAGUGGUUCUGCCUUAUCAGAGAGGCUCUCUGCGGGAGACAGCUGCUUUCUGCUGCCUGCAUUAAUCAUAUGCUGCAACCUUUCAGGAGGGAGAAACACAGCCUGCUUUGAUGGGGCUAAUUAAAACGAUCCAGCGCCAGGAGAGGCUGUGUCGGGUCUUGAUAAACAAUCUUUUGUCUGCAGCUCUUAACCCCAGUGGGUUUGCAGUGCCUUGCAGCUUGGGGGAGCAGGUGGGAGAGGAGGGGAUUGAAAAGAGGAUGAGUACCCUGCAUGGAGCUGGGGUGGUUGUGGGCCUGUGGCUGAGCCUUGGGGCUGCUGUGGUCUCUGCUGCCCAUGCUCCAUAGAGCAGAGGUGUGGGGAAAUGUGGAUCCUGCACCAAGCGUGGCCAUCAACACCAGCACUAACAUGAAUGACUGAAGCUGUUAACAUGCAAGGGAGCACAGCGAGUGGUGCAUCUUGAGCUAAUUUUAUGGGGGGUUGUAAAGAGUAGUUGGGGCUGGAGUGUGCAAUCCUGGCACAGCCCUCACUCCUCCUGCAGUGCCAAGGAGGUGCUUCCACAUCACGGUUGAAAGAGGCGCUGGAUUAUUGGCAAUGGCUCGAUGUCCCUGGAGAGUCCUUCAGGCCAUCUGCCAGCCCACCCAGCCAACAGCACCUGCCUCUCAUGCUCUCAAUGGCAAAGCCCUCGUUCCGCUAAUUACCCUGCAGACGAUGCUCCAAGCCAGGAUCCUGCAUGCCCCGUGGAUGGUGCGAAGGAAGAACGGGUGGAUAUUGCACAGAUGGGAAAACAAAGCAGCCUCUGUUGUAGAGGAGUGAGAGGUGUAUGGGGCCUUUCCCUCCUGCACAGAGACACUCCAGGACCCUGAAGACGGGUGCUCAAGAGCUCUGUGCUGAGCCAGCUUCUCCAUUGGAAGCUGGAGAUGUGCAGAAAUGCUGUGCAGCAGCAAGGUGCUCUCCAAUGGGACGGGUUUCACUGUGCCUCCAGGGACACAGGACUGCCCCAACCCACCCAUUAGCAGCUGCACAGCCCCAGGGUGUGACACUGUGGGGCUGGGGCCUCAUCCUGCCCACUCUGCCCUGCUCCAGCCCACCUUGCUGGACCAGAUUUGUCUCGCCACCUGGUCAUUUUUUGGGUUGCUUCCUAAAUAAAUCAUCGCUUCGGCUCAGUGUUUCCAGCCUGCUGCACUGCUCUCCUCUGGUCCCACCACUGCCCCUGUGCAAAAUCACUCUCCGGUCCUACAGGUCUCAGUGGGGAGCCCCUUUAAUGGCAUUCCUUCCUCAACGCACUUCAUUCGCCUUAAAUAUUUAUAUUUCAAUCCAGAGGAUUUUCCCCCAGUUCUCCAGGCCCUCCUCAAGGGACAGCAGAGCAAUGUGCUGGCACAGCAAUGACAGCCUCCUUCCAUUAACAGCCCUCCAACAGCCCCGCACUCUAACACAAAGGAGAAUUUCUUGCGCCCGCAUAAUGCAGGUGUUCAGCAGAUGCAGCCUGCCAGCAGCCUGUGCGAGGCCAUUUGAGGAUUCCAGGACCCAAUACUAAACACAGAGCACAGGCAGGUGACACAGGGAUGGGCAGAGGGACGUGUGGUCCUUCACAGCACUGAGAGGAAUGGACACUGUUGUGCAGGAUGGGGAUGGUGGCACGGGCUGCGGGCUGUCCCCAGCCAUGGGAGGGGUGGGAUCACCUAAGGAUGCUAUGGGAGCCCUGGAACAAGAUCUGGCCCCAGCAAUUGAACCACACGUAAACAACUUUCCCCUUGCCUUGGGCUGUCUGGAGAGAGAUAUCUCUGCACAUUUGAAGCAAGUAAUUUACGGGACAGAUUAAAAACUGGUGGCAGUUUGUGACAAACACCACCUUUUGUGGGGCUGUGUUUUCCUAUGGGACAAUUCCUUGCCUUUCUCAACAUCCUGCUCAGACCGAUUUUUUCUCUCCACAGAACGUUGUGCUUUAAUGAUGCUUCAUGUUUAAUUCCCGAGAUGCAAUGUUACCUUCGCGCUGCACACAAUGGCUCUUGUGAGCAGCACAAAGGCACCCCAGUGGGGCAGAGCUGCUUCUCUAAAACAGGAAAAGAAGGACCACGCUGCGCACGGCGAGUUAUCCUCUCUCCUCCAGACAGAGCACCCUGGUUUCUGAGGCCGUUGUGGGGCUGCUGGUGGGAUGUUAGGCACGGGGGUGGGGGGUCCCAGCCUUCAUCCUGCUCUCGUGGGAUGUGAAGGCUGCAGGUCAGGAGGAGGUGGCCCCGUGGAUGGCGGUCACGUUGAGGUCCCCUUCUCUUCUGCUCAGAGCGGUGCAAGCGCCAACUCUACAGCACAGAGUUUUACAGGAAACUAUUGCUACGAAAGGUUGCUGAUGGCAGAAAUUCAGAUGCUACAUCCCAAAGAGGAGCUCGGCCUCGCGUCCAGCCCGGCACAGGGCAUGGAAAUCCCACGGGCGUCUCGCAGUGCCGUCACCCCGCUGCUGGUGGAAGGCGGUCCCGGUGCUGCGGGACAGGACCCCGUCCCGGGAGGGGCAAGGAGGGUGUCCGAUGGCGAAGCCUCCCCAAUGGCAUCGAUGUUGCGGUGCGGCGAGGGGGGUGCCGGUGUGCGGGGCUACGAUCCGGAUCCCUCGGGGUGCUGCUGGGGCGGGGGGCUCAGCUGGCUCUCCAGCAGCGCCUGGGCCCCCUCGGCCGACACCCGCCGCAGCCGCAGCCGCACGGAGCCGUAGGUGCUCCCGGCACGGCGGGCGGCGCGGGCCCGGCGGCGGGCGGCGGCGGCGGCCAGCAGGAGGGCGGCGAGCAGCAGCCCCCCCAGGGCCAGCAGGGCCAGCCCGGCCACCGUGCAGCGGUCGAGGCGGGCGCGGAGCCGCGCCGCCCUCUCUUCCAGCCGCUCCAUCUGCCGCGCCGGUACGGUCGGGUCGGGACGCGCCGCCCGCGGCACAGCCCCCGCCAGCACCACCAGCGCUGCCCCGCUCAGCGCGCAGCCCAGCGCCAGCGCCAGCCCCGGGCCCGGAGCCGGGCCGAGCCCCCCCGGGCCGCCCCCGUCCGCCGCCGCCGCUUCGCCCGGGCUCCGCAGCUCCGCCGCCCGCGGGGACGCCAUGGAGCCGCCGCCCUGCGAGCAGAGAGUGAGGGAUGUGUGGCUCUGACCGCCCUCCCAGCUCCAAUCCUGCGCUGUGUCGUAAGGCAGUCUUCCCAGCGCAGUAUCCCUGGGGAUGCAUCCAGAACUGGGCUGAGAAAAGAACGGCAUUAAAAAUAAAUGCUGGCAGCUGCCCUAAAUCUACAGCCCCAAAUCCUGCCCCGGCCUGGUGGGGUUGCAGCAUCCCCGAGGAAAGGAGAGGAGGGAUGGAGACGGCCCAGUCAGCCGCUGCCAGAGCAGGAGCACAGCGAGGAGAGACAGCCAAGGUGCUGUCAGCUCCAACCCACAGCUCCAGCUCUCUCUGGAGCCCCAGCACACAGAAAUUCUCCUCAGGACCUUCUCACCCUCAGGCAGCCCAAGGGAGGAGGAGGGCAAAGCGCAGGCAGAGGCGUUGCAGGAGGCCCAGCAGACCCACACACCAUGUUCUACAUGCAUUUGCUCGUGAACAGGCGUGGGCCGCUGGCCAAGAUCUGGCUCGCUGCCCACUGGGAGAAGAAGCUCACCAAGGCUCAUAUCUUCGAGUGCAAUUUAGAGACUACCAUUAAAAAGAUCGUUUCGCCAAAGUUUACAAUAGCUCUGCGCACCUCUGGGCAUUUACUCUUGGGAGUGGUGCGGAUCUACCACAGGAAAACAAAAUACCUCCUGUCAGACUGCAGUGAAGCUCUGACAAAAAUGAAGACAGCCUUUCGCCCAGGACUUGUUGACCUUCCAGAAGAGAGCUGUGAGGCUGCUUAUCAGUCCAUUACAUUACCUGAAGAAUUUCAUGACUUUGAAACAACGCUACCUGAUUUAAAUGCCAUUGAUGUUGCUGAGCAUUUUACCUUGAAUCAGAGCAGAGCUGAAGACAUCACACUUAAAGAGGAUUAUGAAAGCAAUGUACUUCUCUGUGAUAGGAACUUUGAUGAGGAAUCAGACGCACUGAGAAAACAGAGCUUCUUCGAUGUGAGCGUUCUGAUGAGCAGCUGCAACCUCGUGGCUGAUCACAGCUCUGCAAGCGUGAGUGGAGACAAACCUGCUCUGCAUGAGAGCUCGUACUGCUUGGAGCAGGACUGCUUCGGAGAUGAGGAGGCUGGUGCAGACAUGAUUGAAAUCCUGUUGAGGGAUGAACAAAACGGCCUAACUAAUGGCAUUCUUGAUAUGGAGGAAGAACUUCCUUUGUCACAAGACCUGCAAGAGAACAGCACAGACGCUGAGUUCAACCACGCAGACACUGCAGUGAAGACAGAAAGUCAUCUCAUGAAUGAAACAAUGCUUUUGCCUAAAGAAGGAUUUGUGCUUGAGCCAGUUGAUGAUACAGAUUUCAACCAGAGGAAAAACAAUAAAAGGAAGAGGAAGUUGCUUGUGGAUGCAGACAAAGAGCUCAGCCUCAGUGCUAUAUACCACCAGCUUAACAACAGCGUGGGCACCCUUGUUACAUUAGACCUUGCACCUCCAACUAAACAAAUAAUGAUGUGGAAAGAAUCAGGAGGAGUGGAAACACUCCUGUCCCAGCCUGCACAGCAUUUGUUUCAUGCUGAGCUACAAACGUUCUUUGCAAAAUGCUUCAAGAGAGGUAGAUUUGCAAUGGGAAGAAAUGUAACACAGAUGGAGUCCGAGGUGGAAAAAACAAGGAAGGAGCAAGAUGCCACAGAGAUGCUGAUAACAGACGAAUCGAGUUACCUGCAGGAGUUGGACUGCUCUGAGGCUGAGAGAAAAACUGACAAUGAUUUGUUUGCACUGACAGCACGGAAUAGCAGCAAUGACACUGUUAAUGGCUUUGGUGGAACCCUACAGGAUGAAGCUGCUUUCUCCGAGAGCUCCAUGCUGCUGAAUAAUUCAAUGGGCCGAGAAGCUCCAGUGCAGCAUGCUGAGAUAACACACGAGCUAGAAAUGGAAAAUAGAGACAAUGAAGAAAUUAAGUGGAGCAAAAGAACUCUUCAGUUAUUAAAAACCCUACAGCACCUGAACAAAUCUGGAGUGAAUUCCUUCAGCUUACGGGAGCUCUGUCGGAAAAAUAGCCGGAAAGAAGUCGCAGUGAAGUUUUACAUCUUCCUUGUUCUGCAGAAGCAGAUGGUUGUUGAGUUGGUUCAGUGUGCUCCGUUUGCAGACAUCACAGCCACUGCUGGCCGAAUGUUCAGUGCUCACUGAAGUCACGCAGCAGCCAGAUAAGCUCAUCAAAACACCAUUCUGUUCUUUUUUUCCUGCAAAAAAAUGGAACUCUCAUCAAACCAUGGUGGACUGAGCAGAGUUCUUUCAUUCCUGUGCCCUCUCAGAACCACGUGGUAACGAAUUGGUGCUGCUGUGUGGCUGCAGUGUUGGUUAGCAAGGUGUUCACUGGUGUGUUCAGUUUCAAUACAUAUAUGUUUAUAAAACAAGCUGUUACUCACUCUUUUGAUAAAUAGGUAGCUAAAAUACACUCUCCCCCUCAGACAUUUACAUCAUGAGGGACUUGAUGAGAGUUCUUUAAAGCCUUUCUUAGAGUCCAGUGUUGGAAAUUAGGUUAUUUGCAGCUUGUGUGUGUUAAUUUGGUACUGUGGUCAGUAAGAGAAGGGAAGUCCUUUGAGCUAUCUUCGAGUAUAUUCAAAAUUAUUUAUUUCAAAGAAUGUUCAGUAUUUGAUGCUGACUGUGUGCAGCAACUGUGUGCAGCAUCACCACUUCCAAGAACCCCUGCAAUGCUAGAUUUUGUGGGGUGUGUUUACGCAAAGACUAACAGCUUUCCUUCUGCACAGGCCAAUGGAAAAAUGGUUGUUUGGCUGAAAUGUUAGCAAUCCUUUGUACUUUGAUCUAAUUUAUUUAACACCUGUCCUGGCAUUCCGUAACGUUGGUAAUUUUCAUGGGCUGAAAGCAGAUGCACUGCAACAGCACAGCACAGAGUGGUUGUGUUCAUUUGGUGCUCCAAAACAUCCCAGUGCUCUGGGUGUGCCGACACCUCUUUGUAUGGAAUCAAUAAAAGUCCAACCAAGGUGUUC